AUGUUAGGCCAGAUCCCGCAGGCAGUCAACUGUUAUUUUUCCCAGAACGACAAAAGCUCAAGUUAUUUUCCUGAUAAGUUCAGCGUAACUCUUUUUCUCUCUGUAGCAAUGAAAUCUGGAGGCACGCAGCUGAAGCUCAUCAUGACAUUCCAGAACUAUGGCCAGGCGCUCUUCAAGCCCAUGAAGCAGACACGGGAGCAGGAGACACCCCCAGACUUCUUCUACUUCUCCGAUUUCGAGAGGCACAAUGCUGAGAUCGCAGCAUAUCAUCUAGACAGGAUCCUGGAUUUCCGUCGAGUGCCGCCAGUGACUGGACGACUGGUGAAUAUGACCAAAGAGAUACGAGAUGUGACCCGUGACAAAAAACUGUGGAGAACCUUUUUCAUUUCACCAGCCAAUAACAUCUGUUUCUACGGUGAAUGUUCGUACUACUGCUCCACUGAGCAUGCCCUGUGCGGAAAGCCUGACCAGAUCGAGGGCUCUUUAGCAGCAUUUCUGCCCGACCUGGCCUUGGCCAAGCGCAGGACCUGGAGAAACCCCUGGAGACGAUCCUAUCACAAACGCAAGAAAGCAGAGUGGGAGGUGGAUCCAGAUUACUGCGAAGAGGUGAAGCAGACGCCACCCUAUGACAGCGGCACACGCCUGCUGGACAUCAUGGACAUGACCAUUUUUGAUUUCCUCAUGGGAAAUAUGGAUCGUCAUCAUUAUGAGACAUUUGAAAAAUUUGGAAAUGAAACUUUCAUUAUUCACCUUGAUAAUGGAAGAGGCUUUGGUAAACAUUCUCAUGAUGAGCUAUCCAUACUGGUGCCUUUGAGUCAGUGCUGCAGGGUGAAGAGGUCCACUCAUUUACGGCUUCAGCUGUUGGCUAAGGAGGAGUUCAGACUGAGUGCUCUGAUGGAGGAAAGUCUGCAGACUGAUACGCUGUCACCCAUCCUUAUUAGGCCUCAUCUGGAGGCCAUGGACCGCCGGCUGCACCUGGUGCUCCAGGUAUUGGCCGACUGCAUUGAGAAGGAGGGCUACAGUAACGUAGUAGAGGAUGACCUGCUUGUGGAGGGCUUGAACACGGGCACAGCCCCACAAAGGUAGUGGGCACAGACUGAUCAGGCGCCCCCGGCGGCUCCUUUGAAGUCCCACCACAGCUCUAUGGACCAUGAACGUCUUGCAAGAGAUGCUCUUGUUGAUAAACUUUUCUGAAUUCAGUGAAUUCCAAAGACUCAUUCCUCAACUAAUGGACCAUGUGUUAAAAUAAAGACAUGCAGUACACAGAGAAAGAGACGGUGUUCUGUAGCCCUGCAUCCAAAAUGGAAGCUGAUCUUCACAUGUAACAGCCAGUGGUUCUCAGCUGGUGGAUUGUCACCUUAAAAUGGGCUUGUCUGAUGUGGACAGCAAAGAAAAAACAACACUUAAAUGCAAAU